CGUAUUGUAUUGUAUUUGUGAACGUUAUUGUUAGGAACAGUGUCUUUACCGAACACCAAAGACCCAAAGGAUUUUUUCAACAUGAAUAUGUAAUUUUGGUGAAAAUUUAGUACAGGAUUCAGGUGCAAAAGGAGAAUAAAGUGAUAAAAAAUAUUUAAAUAAACGCGAUAAGCAGGAACAUAUCAAAAUUGUGCAAAUAUUUACAUGGAGGAUGUGUCACUGCCAUCAUUAUGUUAUGCUUCGGCAUGUUCAGCCUGAUGUUUACCGUCAAAGUCAACUUUCACAAGAUAACCGAAAUCGUGAGCUAUAGCCUUCUAACGGCCACAGGUCUUCAGUCGGUCGUAUUUCUGACUAUCACCAUCACGUGGAGAAGAGAACGGAGUGAAAACAAUGAACACAAGACAUCAGAGCUUUGCACGGAUUGUAAGGAUCUGCUACCACAUUAUGAUUACAAUGGCAUAGCAAGUAAAGUUGAAAAGCUCCGGAAAUCUCAAGACUCGCGCUGUUGUGGAGGGACGGGGGAGAUUAUUCGACUGGCAGCACAGAAGGAAACAACAGAUAUGUUCUUCAACCGUAUCCGCUAUAUGGUGACAGAGGCUGUAUAUCAGAUGUGUGACUCGUACGUAGAGCAGACUCCUUACGUGCGUGCAGUUGAAAUAACAAGAUACAUUGCUGUUGGAGCCGUGUAUCAACUGCUAUGGAACAAAAACGGUAGGACGGUGACUCAGCCGAGCAUUCAUCACAUCACACACUUGCAGGACGAGGGUGAAAUAUUCAUCCGUCGUGCUGGUUUGUACAAGGUGACAAGUCAACUCGUCAUAGAUACCAAUGGAACAAUCAGUGAUCGUAUAUUUUCACACUUCAUUUACGUUCUGUCACACAAAUAUGGUACUCGGCGUAUUCUCGGUGAACGAAAGUCGUCGCUUUUGGACCGUCAAAAUACGAUAAGCAUUUUAUCUGCAGUAUUCAACCUUGACCUACACGACCGGCUCUCUGUUGCCAUAACGAAUCCAGUACACAUCGAUACCCGCAACAAUGAUAACGUAUUCUCUGUCCACUUUGUCGACUCCAAAUAGUGCGUCUAACCUCACGUUAGAAGUGAUGCGGGCCAGCAUAUUGUCAUGCAGAAGGCAAAAAUAAUAAAUGAGACCUUUGAGAACCUGGCCGUUUUCAUAAGUGUCGUAUCUUAUUCGUUACCAUACAUAUUAAAGUAUUAACAUCUAACAUUAGUAUCUCCAAAAAUAAGUUAAUAUAUAUGUAUAAAGUGUCUAAGAAUGUG